AUUCAGUGUACCCUGGGUGUGAGACGACGGUCUUGGGGAUGGGGAAGCAUUGAGGAAUCGCACUCGGGAGAACGGCCGGCUCACUUCAUCUCUCACUUCCGAUUCUCAAUCCAUACCUGGUCCCCUUUCCCCCGUCGUACUGUGGUUGCCCACAUUCUCUAUUCCCCCACUAAACCAUUGCGAUUGCGGCAAACUCGCACAAAGGCGGCAGUGGCAGUGCCGUACAUGAAUCUGAUCGCAGGACAAUACGGACCCCCAGGCAUGAUCGUGGGCGCGAUGUGGCCCCUAGCGCUCACAUCCAUCCUCCUGGCUAUCUGGCGUGUGCUAAACAUUCUCGAUGGUCGAUCGGCGGCCCUCUUUCUCUCGUCGCUCGGUAGUGUUGCUACGGUUUGCGUGAUGACAUGGGCGAAAACCCUGGCACCCCUGGACCUACUCGCUCGUGAAAACACAUAUAUAUGUGUGUUAAUUGUCCUUGGACAGAUUCAGUCUGGGGCCGUCUUCGUGUCGGCGUCGUUUCGCUUCUCCACUGUCAUUAUGGACAAAGCGCGGAAGCGCAAGAUGGUGGCUGCUAGCACGGCGGCAGCGGUCUUGAUUGUCAUUACGACCACUACCAUUGGUCUUCUCGGGCAGACACGGGACGGCCACCACCGUGUGCCGUUAUACUUCUGGUUUUUCAAUUCGAUCACACCCGGUUUAUACUUCGUCGUUGGUACAUCGCUUUUUGGCCGAACGCUCCGCAAGUUAGACAAUACCACGAAGGAGCACGGAGCGAACAAAACGCUACUUUUCUUGCUAUAUGCCAACAAUGUUUGCAUGAUCGUCGGAUGCCUAGCAUGCCUUAUUCUGAUCGUUCUGCCUCUCGUGCGCGACACUUAUGAAGACCUGACAGUCGUACCAGCCAUCUUCCUUGCGUCUGCGGCGGUGAUUUUCACCGAGAACAUCUUCGAGCUGAUUACACUGUUCAAGAGGGCAAACCAGCUAGCGAGCUCCGUCGGCGGGCAAGCACCACCAUAUGAAGGCGGCAACCAAGGGCCGGCACGGGAACCCGGUCUCCCGUCGGGUCUGGGACUUCAGACCGCUAGCUUCACCGCUGCCAGCACCACAGGGAUUGGGGGAUCAUUUGCUGGUGGUGGCGCCUUGGGCUUUGGCGUGUCUCGUGAGAUACCGCCGACGGUCGAGACCGGGAACCCGUGUCGGCCCCAGUUGCAAACCGGCAUGCAACCGGCUCAUUCUCGUAUCAUUCACACGCAUUCGCAUUCGCCGCGCUGUAGCACAGCCAUGUUUACGUCGUCGGCUGGGAAAUGAAUGAGCAUCUACGCGAGCAAGAGGAGCGUAUCCUUGAGUUUCGUCGCAAGCUUCGGGCGGUUUUCAGAAGAGCACCAAAUGAUUAAUCGAAUCAAGCCCGUUAUCGACGCUAUUGGACGAAGGCUCGCCGAACGAGUGUCUUGCCCGAUCCCAGACCGUUACAAGUCUACUACAAGCACGAGCUAGCUACAACAACUGGAUCACAAGUCCAUACGGUCACUAGGCGAGCAUCUGCCCUCCGCAAGAGUAACAAGAAGAGCACAAAAAGGGUGUUGUGGGAGAGCCUGCCGGUGAUAGCGUCGUGUUACUCGGACAGCAAUCUGGUGCGUGUCGCCGGCUGGAAGCCCAACGGCUUCAUC